AUGAGUCUCUCUUUGGCGGAUAGAUCAAUAGUGCAUCCGGAAGGUAUCCUCCAUGACGUAUUGGUUAGAGUGGGUGAAUUUGUGUUUCCCGCAGACUUUGUGGUUCUAGACAUAGAAGAAACUAGGGAGUGGGAACCGUUGCUACUUGGUAGACCCUUCCUAGCAACUAGCCGUGCCCUAAUCGAUGUAGAGAUGGGGGAACUCAUGCUAAGGACUGAUGAUCAGCAGCUUACCUUCAAUGUCUUUGAUAAGAUGACGUGGGACGAUGGAGACCCACAGUGUUUUAAAAUCCAGGUUUAUGAUCAUAUGAUUAAACAUGCUUUGAAAUUGCCUUGGAAUGCACACUACUCGCCACAUGGUGGCACUUCUUUUCCGUGA